AUGAAAUGCAGUAAAGUCCCAUGCACUUGGAUGAUCCAUGCAGUUGCUAUUGAUUCUACUUGCGAUGUUUUUAGGAUAAAAAAGUAUGUUGGGAGGAACACUUGUGGAGCUGGUGUGAAGUUGAGAAGUCCUAAAGUAUCGAAGAAGCUGGUACACAACCUUAUUCAUGAUCGUGUGAUGCACAACCCACUUAUCAAGCCUCGCGAAAUUGAAGAUUAUAUAAAAGUUGGUGCUGGUGUUAAUAUCAAAUAUCACCAUGCAUAUCAUGGUUUGGAACAGUCACACCACGAAAUUUUUGGGAAUGAUGUAAAGUCUUACUCUGAUCUGGUUUGGUGGGUGAAUUCAUUGAAAGAAACAAAUCCUGGCUCUUAUGAGGAUUUUCAGUUUAACGAUGCAACUCAGACAUUUGAAAGGUUAUUCAUCGCAAUAGGCGCUUGUAUUGAAGGUUAUAGACUUUUUCGACCAAUGAUUUUUGUUGAUGCAACUUUUCUGACCGGGAGAUUUAGAGGUACCCUUAUGGCUGCUACUUGUCUGAAUGGGAAUCAAGGUUUUUAUCCGCUAGCCUUUGGAUUGGUCCCAGGACAGGAUGUUGACAAUUGGGAUUGGUUUAUGUGCAAUCUUAGCAACAUUGUUGAUGACCCUCCUAUCACCUUUAUGUCUGAUCGUCAUGAAGGAUUGUUGAGGGCUAUUCCUAAACACUUUCCUACUUCCCAUCAUGGCUAUUGUUACUACCACUUGCAAGGAAACUUACCAAUCAGGAAAUCGGACGAGAAGUACAAAGAAGUUAUGGCUUGUUUCAAAAAAGCAACUUAUGCUCUCACACCAGCAAGAUAUGAAGAAGCACUAAUGGAAAUGGAGUUAAUGGGAAGGCCUGGGGUUGCUGAGUAUUGCCGCAAUAUGCCUAGGGAACAUUGGUCCACCGCAUUCUUCACUGGCUGUAGAUUUGGUCAUACUACAUCAAGCGUUGCUGAGUCCUUCAAUAAUUGGAUUCGGAAAGACAAGAGGUUGCCUGCCUGCGCCCUCGUGUUCUUUUUGUUCCAUUCAUAG